CAUCCUGCGAUCGUCAGUAGACGAUGACCACUCGUUGGAGUCGCAUCGUUCCUCGAUCGUGCACCUAAAUCGUUUCUUUUUAACUAAAAACAAAUAUGUGGAGCCGCGUUUGGAUCGUUUUGGUUUUGGUGGCCGCCGUAUCACAACAAAUCUCUUCGUUGCAUUCAAACGCGGGUCCAUGGGUCCCAGCUACGAAAGGCGAACUGUGGCCUAUGCCGAAAAUGCGUAUGGUCAAAGCAGACUUCUAUUUAUUGCGACCGUUAAACUUUGAUUUCCGUGUGAACGGCGAGACAUGCGAUAUCGUGACCGAAGCGAUAGAACGGUAUACGAGAAUUAUUUUGACGGAAGCUAGGAUAGCAAGGUUAGUCACGGAAGGGCAACCAAGAACAUCCGUCCGAGACGAUCCUCACUUUAAAGGCAUUCUUGAGGCCCUAAGCAUCCGUUUUUUGCAACCAUGUGAACAGGACGGAGAACAUUGGCCACAUUUGUACAUGAAUGAAACUUAUAAGCUUGAGAUAAACGAGACUUCAUCGGUCGCCGUCCUAUGGGCCGAAUCCGUGUGGGGAAUCCUUCGUGGUCUCGAGACUUUUUCGCAGAUACUAGCACCGUCUGGCGAUAGCCCGAGUUUGAAAGUAAAAUGCCAGACCAUCCUGGACGAACCAAAACUGCCACAUCGCGGUCUCCUGCUCGAUACCUCUCGUCAUUAUCUACCCCUAUCUGACAUACUGUUGACACUGGACGCAAUGUCGUACAACAAGCUAAACGUCCUUCAUUGGCACAUCGUCGACGACAACAGUUUCCCGUAUCAGAGCACCAGGUAUCCCGACCUGUCUGCCAAAGGCGCUUACCAUCCCUUGAUGAUCUACACGCCUAAUGACGUACAGAAAGUUGUCGACUACGCGAGAUUACGAGGGAUUCGUGUGAUGCCCGAGUUCGACACACCUGGUCACACUAGAUCAUGGGGUAUAGCCUAUCCGGAAUUACUGACGACGUGUUACGAUUCUUCCGGAAAACCGAACGGUAAACUAGGUCCGAUGAACCCAACAAACCCAUCGCUCUACGACUUCGUGCGGAAUUUGUUCUCCGAAAUCGUGCAAGUAUUCCCGGAUCAAUAUCUCCACCUCGGUGGCGACGAAGUACCCUUCGAUUGCUGGGCCAGCAAUCCGAGAAUUGUCGAAUACAUGAAGGAGCACAAUAUGUCUAAUAGAUAUGAACUGCUCGAGAACGAAUAUAUAGCCAAAGUACUUGCGAUCAGCAGUUCGCUGGAAGCCAACACUAUUGUAUGGCAAGAGGUUUUCGAUAAUGGAGUUGAGGUGCCCGCGAGCACCGUAGUUCACGUUUGGAAACUACCAUUUUGGCAAAAGGAGCUAGAGAGAGCAACGAUGGCAGGACACCCGGUCUUGCUGUCAUCCUGCUGGUAUCUGGACCACAUUGCCGGUGGUGGAGACUGGGAGAAGUAUUACAAUUGUGAUCCUUUUGAUUUUGCUAAUGCAUUUAAUGCCACACAUCUGAUGCUCGGCGGUGAAACCUGCAUGUGGGCAGAGUUCGUCGACAAAAAUAACGUGCAUCCGAGGAUCUGGCCACGUGCAAGCGCAGCGGCCGAACGCCUGUGGAGCUUCAACAAGCAAGAUAACAAUAUUGCCGCUCAGCGCCUGGAAGAGCACGCUUGUCGUAUGAACAGACGCGGCAUUCCCGCCCAGCCGCCGAAUGGAGCAGGAUUCUGUGUGACAUAGCUGGUUCCCCGUUGACACCAAUGCUCUGUUUGAUCUACGCAAUAUUUACGCUUACACAGCGAACCCACGAGAAAUAUGAUCUUUCGUUUUGCGCACUCAUUCAUCGCUAUCGUAUAAGCACGUAUGUGUGUGUGUAACAAUAAAUGUAGUUCGAGUAAUAUGAGAAUCUGUAUUUUUGUUUAAAUGAUAUCAAAUUGUGCACAAAUCUUUCUCCAGCAACGACAUGCGACAGUUCCCAACACAUUCAUUAAUAACUGUUAUCAAAAGAGAAAGUUAUAAUAAUGAUAUAAAUUAAAUAUUUUCCUUUUAGCUUUAAAAAUUGUAAUUAAAAUCAAAACCAUAAUUGUAAUAUUAUAAUUAUAAACACAUAAUAAACACAUAAUAAACGUUUUUAAAUA